AUGGAUUUUGAUGAUCCGGAGUUCCUACAAAAUCUUCGUGAAGCAUUAAGAAACAUCCAAGAAGGUGGAAAUCGAAGGCAACCCCGCCGUGGUGAACAUAGGGUUGUGGAAGAAUUCAAGGUGUCUGAAUUGCCUGAAUUUGUUGGUGGAACUGAUCCUGAACGCUACUUGGAGUGGGAAAGGAAGAUUGAAAGAAUGUUCGAGUUCAAAGAAGUGGAUGAUGAAAAAAGCUGCAAGUAUGCCAUUCUCAAGCUAAGUGGUGGUGCUUCAUUGUGGUUUGAAGGGCUUAAGGCCAAGAGAACCCGUGAAGGCAAAGAAAAAAUUUGUUCUUGGCUUUCUCUAAAACGAAAGCUAAGAAAGAGAUAUGUUCCUUCUACUCAUAGAAUUGCCACUUACAAGAAGAUUGCUGAUUUGAGGCAAGGAAAAAUGAGUGUUGGAGAAUACAUUGAUGAAUUUGAGAAGUUGUCCUUGAUGGGGGAUAUUGAAGAAAUUGAAGAACAAAAAAUGACUCGUUUUCUAAAAGGGUUGAACUACAACAUUGCCAAUGUUGUGGAGUUAUAUCCUUAUGCUGAUUUUGGAACUCUUUGUGGUUUGUGUUUGAAGUUGGAGGGGCAGGCCAAAGCACGUUAUGGUGGGAGUUCAAGUUCAAGUCUCGAAAGUCCCAAGUCAAAGUCGUGGUCCAAGCCCGAGUCUAGCAAUAGACAAAAUUCUGUUUCUACUCCUUCUGGUUCUAGUAGUGUUCCCGUUGCUCCUAAACUUACUAGUGGUACCAAAGAAACUAGUUUGGCGAAAAUUAGAUGUUUCAAGUGUCAAGGUUUUGGUCAUUACCAAAAUGCUUGUCCAAACAAAAGGGUGGUGACUUUAAGGGAGGCCAUUGAAUGUCGUGAAGAGUUGGAGGAAGAAGAGAGGUUGGCGGGUAUUUUUUAUGAUACACAACAAGAAGAGGAAGAAGAGGAGGAGGUAGAGUAUGAAGCACCGGUGUAUGAUACAGUUUUGGUGCUUAGAACCCUUAAAACUCAAGGGGUUCAAACCGUGGCUGAUAUGGAUCAACGAGACCAAUUGUUUCACACCAAAUGUUUGGUUAGAAACAAGUGGUGUAGUUUGAUUAUUGAUGGUGGAAGUUGUACUAAUGUUGCUUCUAAUGAAAUGGUGAUCAAAUUGGGUUUGUCUACUACAAACCACCCAAAACCAUAUGUUCUUCAUUGGUUGGAUGAUGGAAGCAAAAUAAAGGUGACAAAACAGGUUAGAGUUGGUCUAACUAUGGGGUCUUAUGAAGAUGAAGUGUUGUGUGAUGUUAUUCCUAUGGAUGCAUUGAAAGGGAGGUGGAGCAAGUUCUUGACAAAGGUGGAGAAGAUGGUGCAUGGAGAAAACGCUAUUGCUGAUUUGCUUUUGGAGUUUCAAGAUGUGUUUCCAAGCGAAUUACCACCGGGUUUGCCUCCAAUCCGUGGUAUCGAACACCAAAUUGACCUUAUUCCGGGUGCUCCUUUGCCCAAUAAAGCCGCCUAUAGAUGUAAUCCGGAGGUGACAAAAGAGUUGCAAAAACAAAUUGAUGAACUCAUGAAAAUGGGUUAUGUUCGUGAAAGCCUAAGUCCUUGUGCUGUUCCAGUUUUAAUUGAUGAUUUGUUGGACGAGUUGCAUGGUUCUAUUGUGUUCUCAAAAAUUGAUUUGAGAAGUGGUUACCAUCAAAUUCGUAUGCGUGAAGGGGAUGAAUGGAAAACAGCCUUUAAAACUAAACAUGGCUUGUUUGUGGUUGUGUACCUUGAUGAUAUCUUGGUAUAUAGCAAGAGCUUGGAGGAUCAUUUGGUGCACUUAAAACAGGUUUUCGAGACGCUUAGAGCUCAAAAACUCUAUGGGAAGCAAGAAAAAUGUUCGUUUUUGGUGGAAGAAGUGGCAUUUUUGGGUUUUGUGGUGUCAAGAAAUGGCGUGUCCGUGGACCCAUCCAAGACUGAAGCAAUCAAGUCAUGGCCUAUUCCUACUAAUAUUUCUGAAGUUAGAUCAUUUCAUGGUCUUGCUUCUUUCUAUAGAAGAUUUGUUCGUGAUUUUAGCACCAUUGCAAGUCCCAUAACAGGUUGUUUGAAGAAAGGAGUCUUUGCAUGGGGAGAAGAAGCUCAAAAGGCAUUUGAGAAACUCAAGGCAUUGUUGUGUGAUGCUCCUAUUUUGGCUCUUCCUGAUUUUUCUCAACCAUUUGAAGUGGAGUGUGAUGCAAGUGGAGUUGGUAUUGGGGCUGUUUUGAUCCAAUCCAAACGUCCUAUUGCUUAUUUUUCUGAAAAGUUGGGUGGUGCUCGUUUGAAUUAUUGCACUUAUGAUAAGGAGUUUUAUGCUAUUGUCCGUGCUUUAGAUCAUUGGAGUCAUUAUUUGCGUGCAAAUCAUUUUAUUUUGCAUUCUGAUCAUGAAUCCUUAAAGUACAUCAAUGGGCAACAAAAGUUGAGCACAAGACAUGCAAAGUGGGUGGAGUUCUUGCAAUCCUUUCAUUUCUCAUGCAAAUACAAGGAUGGUAGAAGCAAUGUGGUGGCUGAUGCACUCUCGAGGCGUUACUCGUUGUUGGUGACUUUGGAUGUUCGUUUCUUGGGAUUUGAAACUCUAAAGGACCAUUAUCAAUCUGAUAUGGACUUUGGAGAUAUGUUUUUGAAAUGUGCAGGUGGUCCUAAUGGUGAAUUUGUGAUUCAAGAUGGCUUUCUAUUCAAAGGCAAUCGCCUUUGUGUCCCAAAACAUGCAAUACGGGAGUUGUUGAUUCGUGAAGCUCAUGGCGGUGGUUUGGCUGGUCAUUUUGGCAUUACCAAAACUUUGCAGGUCACUCUCCUUUUGAGGUGGUGUAUGGUGUGA